UACUACACAGUCUCUUAUAUAUGCUUCUUUCGGGGAAUGAUUAAGAUAUAUAUUUACGAGAUACAUUUCUCUGCUCUAUCUUCUGUUUUUUCUUCUCAUUAUGGUUGCAAAGAUUUCAUGCUUGUGCUGAUGUUUUUUUGUCUGUGUAUUGAUUUGAAUUUCUCUUUGGAACAAACCCCAUCAAUACAGUUUCUCUAAUAUAUAUAUAUAUAUAUAUAUAUAUAUAUAUAUAUGUUGUUUCCAUGAUUCCUGGUUGGCACAACACAUUUGAUAUAUUUUUUUUUUCUUUUUCACACACAUGUAUCAUAAUUCUUUCCAUGAUUAUUGGUUGGCAUAGCUGUGUGAAGAAUGGGAUUUUUAUUUAGGAUUAAUUACACAUGCUAGUAAGUUGUAACUGUGAAAUGGUUUUUGGAAUCACUAAUAUUGGUGAUUAAACAGCUUAUUAUUGGUGAGUUUGUGGUUACACCAAAACAUUCCCAUUCUGACAUAAGAAAGUGAAUUUGUGAUGAAAUUCAAGUUCAUACAGGUCAAGUUUCAUUUGAUUUUGGUGUUUUGCAGCAGAGCUUUUGAAAUAGUUAUAAUCGUUGAAGUAGUGAGACUCUUAAAAGUGACAUUAGAGUCUGACUAUAUGUUCUAGUAGUAGCAGAGAAGCAAACUCUGUUAUGCAUGUUCAGUCUAGGAAAGCUUCUUCUAUUUCAAAGAAAACUAAAGAUUUGCGCCAUUCAAAUUUCAAAUUGAAAGCAAAAUUCGACCGUUGGAGGGGAAGCGUGGACUGAAGAAGAGCGUCAACUACUACAACAGAAGCCAUAGUUAGCAAAAGAAACAAGAAGAUAGUGGCAAAGAAGAUAGGAGAAGAGAGUGACCAAAUGAUUAUUACCAGGCGCCAUGGCUGGCAACGUCCUCUCCACUCUUUGCAGAUCGUGGGAAUGGCAAUUUUCAGCUUCCUGGUGGUGGCAUUCUAUGCUUUCCUGGGUCUUUUUCUUGGAAACAGAACUGCAGAAAUUACUGUCACCACAAUCUUCUCCAUUGCGUCUCUUUCAGUGAUGGGACUCUUCAUAAGGUGCACUGCCAUUGACCCAACUGACAAAACUGGUGUUAGGAGGAAGAGGACCAAGAAAAAAGUCAAGUCCCAGAUCAAGCUCAACUAUGGCUUCAUUCUGGGUCAGAUUGUUUUAAGAUUUUUUAGGAGAGUGGAGAAGAAGAUCCUUAGGUCCUUCAUCAGGAGGAAGUAUCUGGAUCCAUGGAGUACCAGCUCUGAUCAUUUGGACCCAUUUCUUCCUUUUCCUCUUGUCCUCAAGGAUGAUGCAGCUGUCAACACUCCCAAUCCAAACCAAGACGACAUCUCCUUUUGCCAGCUCUGUGAUAUGGAGGUCAAAAAACGUAGCAAGCACUGCCGCACCUGCAACCGAUGUGUGGAAGGCUUUGAUCACCAUUGCAGGUGGUUAAACAACUGCGUUGGCAAAAGGAAUUAUACAACAUUUAUUCUUCUAAUGGUUUUUGUCUUGUUAAUGCUAAUCAUGGAAGGAGGAACUGCUGUUGCCAUAUUUGUUAGAUGUUUUACAGACAAACAUGGACUGGAGAAGGAACUAGAGCAGAAGCUCUAUGUGAAGUUUCCAAGAGAGGUUCUUGCCACCAUAUCAAUUUUGUUGCUAUUGAUGACAGCUUACGGUUCAGCAGCAUUAGGACAACUCUUUUUCUUUCAUGUGGUUCUCAUAAGGAAGGGAAUAAGAACAUACGACUAUAUAUUGGCAAUGAAAGAGGAGAACCAAUUCGCAGAAUUAGAUUCUUUUGACGAUGAUUCAGGCAUCUCUUCAGAUGACAGUGCUGAAUUUUAUUCACCAGAAAAGCCAACUUUUGUAUCUCGGUUUAUAUGCAGCGGACAAGGGUUGAACCAGAGUAACAAAAAUCUGUCCAUAAGAAUAGAAGGUGAUCCUGAGACAUCUCUUUUAGCCAACAAACAAGGCUUCCGGGUUGGUAUCAGCCCUUGGAAACUUAUAAAGCUGAGCAAAGAGAAAGCUUUAAGAGCAGCUGAAAGAGCACGGGAAAGGAUUGUAAAACAGAAGCCAAUGAUGGAACAGGGUCCAUUGAAACCACUGCCAUCAGAAACAAAAUGUGGUCCGCUGAUGAAUAAACAGAUAAAUGUUCCAGAUUCAGCAUCUGGUUUAACACCUCUAGUUUCUAAUGGUAGGCUUGGAGGAUCACCAGGAAGGUUUUCAAGCCCAAGAAGGAGAUUUUCUUGCCCCCCAUCUACAGUUUCUUCCAUUUUGGCAUCACCACAGCAAAAGUACAGAAGCAAUUUUGACUUGAAACUGACAGAUGUGUCGAAGGAGCUUGAGACCUACAUUUCGAGGCAGGUUUUAUGUUCAGUUAUAAAAGAGGAUGGAAGUCAGCCAUCCCCAAGAUAGGGAUUUUAAAUUUUGAUGGUUUGGAUUCUCAGCCUUUGAGAAAUAAAGUCCCUUGUAUUGUUGUGUGUAUACUUUCUUUUAUAUCUUAACCAGUCAAAACAUGAUGUAACAUUUCUCGAUUUGAUGCUAUAUUUAUAUACAUAUAUGUUGAUUUUUUUUAAGAUUGAUAUA